AUGUUAUUCCUCAUAUCAACUCUCGUUUUCUGCUUAUGUAGUGCGGAAUACGACACAUGUGGGACUGCGCACGAAAUCACUUUAACUGAUUUGGACAUCAACAAAGAAGCUGUAUUCAACGGGGACACCAGUACACAAACGCCAUUCUGUUGGGUCUGUGAUGCGCGGUAUGGGUGUGGUUCUUCACCACCACGUUCGUACUUCUACAAAUUUACACUGAACAGUGCAAUCGACAUCGAUAUCAGUACAUGUAACUGGGGGACUGGUUUCAACACAAGAAUUGGUGUCUUGACGGAGUGUGGGAGUUCAAGAGCACACACAUGUGUUGCUUCAAAUGACGACGACUUUGACGAUACCACAUGUGAAGGUGGUAAGGCGCACGUUGUCUUAAGGGCAUUAGCUGGUCAGACGUACUAUGUUGUAGUCUCUGGUACGACAUCGGAAGACGUUGGUAAUUUCCAAGUUGUCUUUAAGAAGCAUCAGAACCCUUAUUCCAACAUUUGCUCUGUCGCAAAAGAAGUCUUUUUGCCUUCGGUAGUCACUGGAAGACUCGAUAAGACUAUGGCAGUCACAACGCCACUCAGUGAUGGUCAACAACAUUACGGAACGUGGUUUAAAUACACCCCCGCGGCUAAUACCCUUGGCUUCAUCGAUACAUGCGGAGACUAUACAAGCGAGUUCGACCCGGAGAUUUAUGUAUACACGUCCACUGAUGGGUGUUAUCAUCUUCAAGAAGUCUAUUAUGACGAUAACUCCUGUGGUGGGAUGAACCCACGAAUUGUCGGCAACUUCAGUAGCAAUUAUGAGUACUAUGUCCUCUUGUUAUUGAAAGACGGAGUUGGAGGACAGUACAAACUGAACUUCAGAGACUCGCCAACAGAGAAUGGGAAGUGCACAGGAGCCGUUUCGAUAUCAUCUUUGCCUUUUAAAGUCACUAUGCCACUCUCCAAGUUUGUCGCGGAGCCACAGACAUGUACAGAAAAUAUAGUUCCAGGGAUGUGGUACUCUAUUGUAGGUGAUGGCGGAGACUAUGUCAUGGAUACCUGUGAUA